UCAGUUUUGCUUUUCGUCUCGUUGACAAAGUAUCAUAAUGAAAGUGAUGCGGUUGAUUCUUCUCUGCUCAUUGAUUGGAGCAGUAUUCACAUUUAGUGAUGAUGCCAUUUUCGAGGACGAGGACAUUUAUAAUCAAGCAUUGCCUCCCGUACCCCAGACUGGCAUCACAGUGCCCGGCACAAAUUGGUGUGGACCGGGAAAUACAGCAGCCAACUAUGAUGAUCUUGGACGGGAGCGUGAAACAGACAAAUGUUGUCGGGCACACGAUCACUGUGAGGAGAUAAUCGAAUCACACAGCUCUCUUCAUGGGCUGCCCAACAAUACAGACUGGUUUCCCAUACUAAAGUGCAGCUGUGAGCAGCAGUUCAUCAAUUGCCUGCAGUCUGUCAACAGCAUCACCUCCAAUACUUUGGGUCGCAUCUACUAUGGGACUCGGAGUAAAUGCUUUGCCCUAGGCUAUCCCACCACCGGAUGCAAGCAGUACCAUGAGGGCACCUUCCGCAAGCGAUGUAUCCGCUAUAAUGUGAACAAGCAGGCGGCCAAGAUCUGGCAGUUUUUUGAUAUGCCAUUUUAUACGAAUGCUGCGAACAAUUUAAACAAAUCUUGACACGAAGAACUUUAAUCAGUAGUACAGGGAUCGUAACAAAAAUAAAA